CCAAUUCCAUUUCAGAACGAACUGCUAUAAUGCCUGCAUCGCAACAUUUUAUUUCGUAUUUUGCUCAAGUAACUUUGUUAUUAUUUAAAUUAGUAAGCUCAACUUAUGCAGAGUGGUCCAGAGAUGAUUACUUUCACUUCGUGAAUGAAUUGAACGUCGUUAACGGUGUGCGAUUAGUGAUUGUUAACUGAAACUGCGGUGUUGUUGUUUGCAUAAAUGGGCCGUAGUGUGUGGUGAAUGUUCUGGUGACUCGCCAGCGCGAGGGUGUAGGGGUAAAGCACGGAACCAUGCACGAACUACUGAAGCACGUACUCACGGAGCGGGACCUCACGCGGGCCGGCGAUCUGUUCGCCAUUCCCGACUCGGAGAUCGUGGACGACAUAAACGAAGUGUUAAAACAAAUCACAGAAAUAUCAUCAAGACCCGACUACUGCAGGAACGACAGAGACCAGGCUCUGAUAGAGAUAUGCGUGACGCGGGUGACGUCAUGCAUAAAGGAGACGGGCACACUGGACAAGUACUGCGGCGCCCUGGUGGCGCUGCUGGAGUCGUGUCUCCACCACAAUUUGAUGCCAGUCGGUCACCUGAGGGAUGACGACCCACCUCAUGCAAAGAUUGCCUCCGAUAUAAUCGCUUGUAUUGUUUUGGUGUCGUUUCCCCUCCAGUCAGACAAAGAGAACCACGGCAACAAGAGUGUGAUGGAACUGUUUCUGCCUGUGGCGGUCCAGUUCUUACACAAGGGCAACCGGGAGAUCUCGAGGCACAUGGCUCGCUAUCUGUCGCUCGCGGCCAUACACCACGCGGUGCUGCUGAAGCCACAUGUGCAGACCAUCAUGGACUCUAUAAUGUCUGGCAACUACCCGCUAUGUCGCAUCCUGAGCAACCUGUACGAGGUGUCGCCCGAGCCGAUCGAGCAGCACGCCGCCGCGCUCGUCUCGCUCAUACCUCACGCCGAACAGGUAGAAAAGAAGGCAGUGCUGGGCCUCCUGGAGCAGGCGGGCGGGCGGGGGGCGGAGGCGCUGCGUGCGUGCGUGCCCGCGCUGGCCGGCCUGCUGUGCCGCGCCGCCGCCGAGCCCGCCUGCUCCUGCGCCGACGUGCUGCAGGUGCUGCGGGCCGUGGCGCGGGCGAGGCCGCUGCUCGUGGUGGAGGCGCGCCAGGCCGUCGCGCGGGUGGCGCGCGGCCCUCACAACACGCCACGACACGUCGCGCUCGCUGCUGACGUGCUCACGCAUGUCGGGUACACUGGACGGGAGCGCGCGCAGGAGGCGCUGAACUUCAUCCUGGAGCAGCUGCCGCAGCGGGACCGCGCGCAGCAGGCGGCGCUGGUGCGCGACGCCACGUCGCUGUGCAGCGCCUUCCCCGCGCUCUUCACCGACAAGCUGCUCACCGCCGUCCGGGCCAACCACAGCAACCGACCAAAAUCCGCGGUGUCACACAGCGAAGUGAACCGCACAUCAGGCGGAGUGACCAUAGUGAAGUUAGGCGGCGCCGCCCCCGCCCCGCCCGCGCCGGCACCCGCGCCCGCACCCCCACCCCCGGCACCCGCGCCCCCCACCACCGCCACCGGAGGGUACACCAGACGGGCCAAGCUGGGAGAUUCAAGGAGCACUGGGAGGUUGCAUCCAGGGCCCAAUCCUCACAGGAGUAUGACGAGGCUUAAUGUUGCUGGUGGCUCUGUAGGUGGUCUACAUAAGAGCAUGACACGAUUGUCUUCCUCACAACAAAUCAACUCUCAACAGAACAGCAGUAACACAGUGACAAACGGGAAGCCAUCAUCAUCGAGCGGCGUGUCGAGCGGUGUGUCGAGCGGCGCGUCGAGCAGCACGGCGAGCGGCGCGGCGAGCGGCGCGCGUGGCAGCCGCACCAACCGACACGACGCCCGCCCGCACCACCAUCACAACAUACUUAUAGGACCAUCCGUUUCCAACAGCUCCGGCCCAACAAUCAUAUCAGGUCCUUCCCCUCUCCAAACACAAUCCAUAUCAGUCAACCCGCUAACGUCAGGCAAGUCGGCGGACGCGAUCACACCAAUCACAUCCUCAGUAUCCAUACAACACUCCAACACGGCGCUCGGGCACGUGUCGGUCAUCACGUCAACGCCCAGCACUGGUCCCGCCCUGUUAACACAAACAUGCGGCUCGGGACCUAUCUCAGUGGGUCCGAACGGCAACCCCGUCUCUAUCUCGGGCCCCGUGACCGUGACGUCACGUCGCGCGAACAACACUAGCGUCACGAUGAUCAACAGCUCGAACAAUGCGAAUUCGAACUCGAAUCAUAGGAUAAGCGUGUUUGAGCCGUACCCGAUGCGGGACACCGUGCAGCACUUCUGCGAGAAGCACCUGGAUAAGAUCAAGGCGUAUAUGGACAAUGUGUCUUUGAGGUUGCCGCCGCCUGCCAAGUGUACCAUUGAAGAGCGGCGCUCUAAGAAGGUGGCGCGGCUGCAGUUCGGCUGCGGGCGGCGCGGGCCGCACUGCCUGUACGCGCGCGGGCCGUUCUCGCUGCGCACGCGCUGGCCGCGCGUGUGGAUCCACCUGAUGUUCCUGGCGCUGCAGGCGCGCCACGCCGCCGCGCUGUCCUCGCGCGACCCCACCGUCGCCUCGCUCAAGCACUGCUGGGACAUACUCAAGUGCGAGAACAAGACCUUCCUCACGCUCGUCACCGGCGCCUUCCCCGGGAUCAAGGAGCAAGAGAUGCUUCUGAACGAGCUGCGAGCGGCGGGUUUCUUCGACGUGUUUGAGUUGAGCACGACCCGCACGGACGGCGUGGCCGUGCCGCCCACACAGGCCACCUGGGGCUGCUUCCUCUGCACGCACCCGGAGAGAGCUGUGGGCUUCCUGGCGGCUGACGGACAGCCUGUUAUAGAAGGACAGCUCAAGGAGAAGAAGGGACGCUGGCGACUGUUCAGGCGCUGGCGGACUCGAUACUUCACGCUUUCUGGUGCGCAUCUGUCGUGUAAGGGAUCGAGCGGCGGCGAGAGCAUAGACAUAAACCAGAUCCGCUCGGUGAAGGUGUCACGCGGCGCGCGCAACAUCCCUAAGGCGUUCGAGAUCUUCACCGGAGACCAGACGCUCAUCCUCAAGCCGAAGGACGGCAAGAACGCCGAGGAGUGGGUGCAGUGCCUGAGCAUUGCGCUUGCGCACUCGCACGCACGCAUCGCGCCCGCCAAAGCCAACAGCCUGCCCGCACGUGGCGUCACGCUCAAGAGCUUCUAGAGGUAGGCAGGGACGUACAUACUGUAGGGCUAGGCGGUGCAGUGCGCCGGGGCCCCUGAACUCUGACCAGUGACCUAUUUUUGAGGUCACCAUCGUAAGAAUAUUAAAGCAUAAUUAGCUCCCGCCUGGGAACUCGCAUCGGUUAAGCCAGGGCUCACUAUUUUAUCACUUGGGCCUUGGUUUCCUAUUGGGUUACAUAUUUUAUUAGGCAAUGUCCAUGGAUGGCGCUUGUCGAUGGAAUUUCAGACAGCAGACAGAAAAUUAUAAACCAAGAGCAACAUUAACAUAUUUUGAAAAUAUUGUCUGCGUAUCGUAUUUUGUAAAUAUAACCACGCGUGUGAUAGUGCGAUGUCAAUGUAUAAAUACGGCGUGUUGUCAAUAAUUGAAAUGAAGAAUAUUGGGAUUAUUUUUCGUGCCUACACGCGGAGCAAGAAUACAGAUUUAUUAGUUUGUACCAGAAGAUGUUUCUCAACUUCCGAAUUCCUUCGUAUAUGUCCUAUGUUAGACGUGGAUCGAAUUUAAGAACAUUUCACAUUUCGUCAGUUCACUGUGCCGCCGCAUUCCUAAACACGAGAGCGACUUGUCCACCUACAAAUAGAUAUUAUCGAAUAUUUCGAUAUAGAAAGUUAUUAAUUCUAGGGUACCCACACGUUGGGAGACUUACGAAAAUUUCAUUUACUUUUUCUGUCCACGCCAAAGGAGAGGUUAAAUUUUUUCCAGUAUAUUUAGAAUGAACUUUCAUAUGUUUAAAUGCAUUCUAUGUGUAAAAUUAUUCGGAUUUCGAAAAUUUAAAUUUAUCAAUAUUGACUAUUAAUAAUGAAUUUAUACGUAGGAAUUCCUUCAAAAAACAUAUCAUAUAACGCGCAGGCUCAUGAAUACGCCUCGUCGCAUACUUCAGCCGUAGCACAUUACGACCAUGCGAUAUAGUUAGUAAUGCUUCCGAAAUAAAUAAAUUUAAUUCAAUAAAGAGAAUUAUGCCAGUGUUGCUUUGUACUUAAAAUUAACUUUAUAUUCUCGUACUUAAUUUUUAGAGUAUUUUUCUUUUACAAUGUGAAAUUACUUAAAAAUAUACGCGCGCUUUUCGCUACUUACUAGUUAUUAAGUUUUUAUGUAAAUUGUUUUUAUAGAAUCUAGAAUGUUGAUAUAAUUUUUUGUUAAGCUGUCUACAUUAUCAUUAUAAAGCUAAAAGUACAAUGGAAAUAUUAAGGCUCAUAAUUUAGCUUUACCUGAACGAAAAAGCGUUUCCGUCCGCAUCGAAAUGAAAUGCCCAUUUACAGUGAUUAGAAAACCAUUCAUGUGUAUAGAGAUAAUAUCGUAGCUAUAAGAAGACAAAUAUAUGAUAAUAAUUUAAGUUGAACACAAAUAGCGGUGCACGAUGGUCGUAGAUGCCUCUUGUAAAUAUGUUUGAGUUCAUGAUGCAAACAAGAUUUGUAUUACACCAUUAUUUUAUAUGGGUGAGACGUAAUUCAUUUAAUAUAAUUUAUAUAAUAAUCAUGCGCGCCGCAAAGAUUAGUCUUAGGAAGGUGCAUCUGCACUGCGUAAUAUCAUUUUUUUUUUCAAGUCCAUUUCGUGCGGGUUUAUGAAAAUGCGUUAUCAUAAAAGAACCUAUCUGGUUGUUAGUUCCCAUUUUUGUAAAUUUAUUCGCUGACUUCUAUUUUUGUGAUUCAUUUCUGGGCAAAGGGGUCCACGUGCACCUACGUGCACCCUCCUUCCGGCGCCCAUGAUAAUAAUACUGUUAUUGUUUUAACUAGACACUACGUUUGUUAGCCUGACAAAGGCCUACAUAUACAAACACACCGGAUUUUUGGGUGAGCACUUCAGGCCUUCGCAACCCUUGGCGCUCUGCUAUCUUCCAUUGCUUCUUCGAUGUAAAAUGACAAAGUAGAAGACAUGUAUACUAUCGUGCGCCGCAAUUUGCUUCACAUAGUGUUGUAACUCACCGCGACGGUUUCAAUUGUUAAUUGUUUUUGUAAUGUUAUUAAUAAGAUUUUACAAGUUAUUGUACAGCGAUGUUUUAUGAUAACGUUACGUGUAUGUUCUUAUGUUAAGCAUUGACAAUUUGAGAUUUUAUAUAAACGGCUAGAAGACUGAACACUGGUCAGAGCUAUGUUUGUGGAUGAGUAAUGUCGUUGUGCAUUUUAUAUAAAGUAUUUCGAGUUGUAAAAGUAUGGAUAUGUUAAAUUUUAAGUCAACGGUUGGAAGCCUGCAUAAGCCUGGGAUUCAGUUCUAGAUUUAAUUAAAUCGGAACCCAAAAGACAGGCUGCCAGACUUCAAGACACUGUGAGCUCAUUCUGCGUAGAUCGGACCACCAACAGCAAAAAUUUUAAAAAGUUUAUAGUUGAAAAAUGUUGGUAGAUAUUGUAACUUUGACUUUGCGGAUGAACAACACCUCAGUCGCCCCGUGACCAUGAAGGCUACAGAGUCUUCGCAACGUCAGGAGAAAAUUAUAAUAUAAAAACCGUGAUAAAAUCCACAAAAUAGUAUUAUUUUAACUGAUGUCGACUGUCGAAUCUUCGAUUUUUGAUAAUUUGUCCGGCUGAGAAAAAUUAAAUGAUGGUGACACUAGUAGUUUAUAAAAUAUAGAAUUGAGGUAAAUUUCUGUUAACUCGAAAUAAAAUACGAUUAAAAUGCACAAUCGAUGGAAGUGUUGUGAUUCAAAAUUAACAUUCCGGUAUUGCGUUUACGAUGUAGUACGUACAGACUGCAUGAACAUUUUGGUCUCAAAUUAUACAAAAGGUUGUUUAAAUGAAUGACAUUAGUGAUAGUGUACAUGAAUAUAAUAAAUGCUUCUGUUUAUAUUUUUUUUUGUAACUUCUAUAUAAUGGCUGGCAACGUUGAAGUAAAAAGGAGCUGGAGAUAAGGGAAAAAUUACAUAAAAUCGCCUAGUUAUGUUUAAAGUGAAUUAAAUAAAUAGCGAUUUCUUAGAACACAACAAAAAAUAAGUUGUGUCGAUAUUUAAUGUUGCCGUGUCAUCAACCAAAAUAUCGAUAAUGGAUUUUUAUGGACAUUUUUCCAACGUUUUAUUCUUAAGGCUUACUACUUAAUAACAAUCGGUACUCAACUUGCCAUUUGCAUUUCACAGAAGCACAAUAUUAAUAGUUCGUUUCUUGCUUUGUUUUACUUAGCAACAUUGACUUUCCCUUCACCAAAAAGUUUGUGUUCAUUUACUGAUUUCGUUUAAUCUUUUAAGCAAAAUAUAUCUGAUUUGUAUAUAAUGCUGUGAAUCGUGUGUAAAUUUUAUGUAGAGAAUUUUAUAAUGAUUAUAAUUUAUAGCAAUUGAGUCCCACAAAUUAGCAGGAAACAAUUAAAUAUAAUAUGAAUUUACUUUAUUUAUUUGUAUCUCCCAAUAUGAAUUUAAAUAAAAAAGGUACGUAAGGUAAGGUACUUAUUUUAUUCAACAUUUUUUUGUACGAAACAAUGCUUUAAUAUACAAUCAAAAAAUAUUUACCAGUUCAGAAAUAUCACCACCGAUUUAUUUGUUAUAUUAACUAUAAAAAACAAGGUAAAUUAAAUGUAAAACUUGUUACUAAAUCCAGUGUAAAUUUUCACAUGCGGUCAUUAUUUUUAUGCGCUACUUAGUAAAACUGUGGUCGUUUAAUUCAUCGAAAUCGUAGCGACAUUACAGCGAUUUAAAUACCGUUAAUCUGAGCGGUUUUAAAAUCGCAGUAUUAUGGUUGGUAAAGUGCUUUUCCCACAUAAUAAAGAUAUUGUAUAAUAAUCAAGAAAUAUGAUUUAUUAUAUGUAUUAUGUUUUAAAUGUUUACUAUAUCUAUGACGUCACUCGACACGAAUGUUCCGUGUAAGAAAUGUAACCGCCCACAAUGUACUUAACGUAUUGCCAAAUUAAUAAUAGCUUCAUUAUGUAUUUGUACAGAUAGAUUUAUAUUGAAUAUACAAAAUUAGUUUUAAGUUAUUAUUUUCGACAAUUUGUGAACUUGGUGCUAAAAACAUUUUAGAUAUUGAGAGCUUCCAUUAAUUUUAGUUUGUGAAGGAAUAAUAGAAAAUCUCAAAGCUUUUGGAUAUUAUAAAUACUAAAUAAACGCUUGUAAUCUUUCGGUUUUAUAUUGUUUUUAAUCCUUUGCAUAUUUUGGCUCUUGUACUUAAACCUGCCUUAUUUAUUAGAUAAUAAAUAGUUUUGUUUGUAUAA